AUGGCACGCUUAACCCAGAAUAUCGGCAAGAUUGCCACCUCUUCCUCGGCAAUCCACAGCUCACUUGGAGGCAAGCGAGAAAAGAUCCGACAGCUGAACGGUGUCCACAGUCUCUUGACAAAGUCAUAUACCCAAGCCGUCAAGUCUUAUUGCCGGACGCUUCACCUCCUCCAACACUACAAACAUCUCACCGUCUUCACAGGGAUUGAGCGCGAAUGUAAGGCGAUCAUGGUCCAGGUCGCCCAAAAGAUCCGCCAAAAGAUGUGUUCUGACACGGCAAGCAUCACAGAAAUCACGGAAUCUGUUGGUCUGUUACUCGCACUCAAGGAGGACCCUGUUGCCCUGUGGAAGCAGUACUUGAAUUUGUCCAUGAGUGCGCUCCGCAAGGUGAACACAAAGACGCUGGAAGAGAUAAAGAAUUUACCAUUAUACAGCACCCCGCCUGCUGCAUCUCCCAGAUCAGCUCAAACACCCACGCCAGCAACACCCAAGCGCUCCAUCAAAAAAUCGGCAAGGAUAGCGGCAAAUACCCCGGCAUCGCCAGGAACAGGAUCGACAGAGAAAGAGAAGGCGACCAAGGUCAAGACAUCUACACCACCUCCAGCUGAUAAAGUCGCGUACCUGAACACGUACUUUUUGAAGCAGGUUGAGGCAUUUGUCGUCUCGUUCAUGAACUACUUUUUGGCUCCUACAGCGGCUUCUGGAACUCCUGCCAACUCCAGCUCCAACAGCGGUGGGACGGCUGUAGCUGCGUCAGGCGAGGAAGCUACUGGAUCAGACCAGAGACCGCCAGCAUGGGUGGCCAAGGACACCAGGGUUCAUGCCAACUUGACGCAUGAACAAAUUUCUGAGGCGUCGACAACUGUCAUGGAGGCUGCUUCCAACAUGAUCUCCAAGUAUCUGGACACCAUCCGCUCCUUCCUGGACUAUCCUAAUGAUAUUUUCAGCAUUGAGCCUCAGGUCCAUGUUCAUGUCCUUCAGAACCUAUACCUCGGCACCAAGUCCAGCAGCGGCCUCUGCCAGCUCGUUGGAUUUGACACCCUUGCAACAGGACUGAUUCAGAACUGGGAGAGCCAGCUGAUUGAGCGAGCAUUGGGCAAGGUCAAGGAAGGAUUGAUGUCCAAGAUCGUACAACAGGAUCUUCAGUUGGCUCAGCAGAGCUCCAAAUCGAACAACAACGGCACAACCAUAGGCGAUGUCUCACUCUCAUUGGCAGAGCCUUCUUCUACAGCUGCUGCUACCCCAGCGUUUAGCUGGGCUAUAGUUCUUAAGGAGACUACUGUAUGGCUUUUGGACACUUUCAAGGUGGACACGAUUCCGUUCCUGGAAAAGUGUAUGAGUUCAGACGCCCAGUUCUUGGAGACGACAGAGGGCCGGGCCUUGUUUUUGAAGAACUUCCAGAACGAGUUCAAGACGUUCUGGGAUUGGACCCUCAAAGAGAUGCAACAACGUUCGUCGGCCAUCCCACCCUCUGGAGCAGGAUCGGCAGAAUCGUUGGGAUCUCGGACAACGUCCUUGGUCAUGUCGCAGCUCUGCUUCGAGUUCUCGACCACAGUGGUAGAGCAGCUGUACAAAACCCUGUCCAAGACCCUCUUCCGUGUCGGCAAACGGAACCGGUCCGGAUCGUUCUUGAUCGAGUCGUACGAAGAACCGCCUGUUCUGCCGCAACUUCAAUGGGACUGCAAGUCUGUGAUCCAGGCCUGUCAGGAAUCGGGACACGUCCUUUUGGACGGGUUUAUUGCCAGAACGGGUAACGAACUGUCGUGGUUGGUCAUGGAUGUUCGGUCAGAGACUGAUUUUAUGACUCUUGAGUCUCCACCAACAGGCGUGUCUGUCGCAUGGGAGACAAUUUAUCGCCAGCUGAACGAGAUUGAGCACCAGGUGAUGAUGGUCUAUGGCGACGAGGGCGAGCGGCUGGGCAACCACGAGAUCAGCUCUGAAUCGACGCGUCGCGAAUCGGCGUUCAGACCAGCCGGUGGUAUUGGAGGCGGGGCUGGUGGGGGAAGUCAUAGCGGUAGCAAACCUUCCCACCGAAACGACUCGCUGGCGUCCUUUGGCAGCAACACGAUGAACAGUCGAUUCGACCACCAACAACGCAACUUGUUGCUCAGCAACAUUGAUAAGCUGUUCUCGGACCGCGUCGAGAUCUUCAUCCGCUGCCAGGACUUGAACAGGACGGGGAUCAUGUUUGGAAUCAUCAAGAUCUUGCUCAAGGCUUGGGCAGAGUCGGUGAGGAUGAAGACAUUUGGCAAAGGUGGUUUCCAGCAGGUCCAGGUUGACUCCGAGUUCGCCAAAGUUUGGUUAUGGAGAUUUGCGACUGCCGAUGAGCGUUUGAUGCAUUCGCUCCUGGAGGAGGCACAGCAAACGGCCUAUAGACGAUGCAUCGAUGCCGUGCCCUUGGACACCCAUACUGUGGAAUCAAUCAUCAACUCCUUCGAACGAUAG